CAAUCUUCACUUCACUUUAAUCGUUCACGGGACACAACUCUGGAAGUAACAAAUGGCCCACUAUUUCGCAAAUUUAUUGUUGCUGCUGCUUAUCGCAUGGGCCACCGUGCCUCAGACCGCCGCAAAACUAUGCGAAACCGAAGACUACGAAGAAGGCACGUGUGUCCCAAUUCAAAAAUGUGAAAAAUUUGUGGAGAUGAUAGCCGAAGGCAUUUCGCCGGGCCAGCAGCGGCUGGUAGAUCGUGAACAGGAAAAAUGUGCCGAUACCGGCGAAGACGGCUCUGUUUGCUGCAAACGGAAACCCAGACCGGAAAUACCGAAAUUCGUUGAAGAUGUUAAGCCGCUGGCAAAGGGAAUGUACGACCUGCUGCCCGAUGCCAGCGUUUGCGGCAUCGACAGUCCCGAUCGGAUCUACUACGGAAACGUGACUUAUCUGGACCAGUUUCGCUGGCUGGCGCUGAUUAUGUACGUCGGAGAAGAUGAUAAAGAAUCCUUCGGUUGUGGUGGUUCGUUGAUCAACCCACGCUACGUCCUUACGGCUGCUCAUUGUAUAAAAAAUAACGUUGCCGGCGUUCGAUUGGGAGAAUGGGAUCUCACGACGAACCCCGAUUGCGUAAUGCGCCAAGGCAAGGAGCAAUGUGCAGCACCGGUGGUAGACGUCGGUAUCGACAAGAUCAUACGGCACAAGAAGUACAAAUUUUCCUGGUACAAGCCGAACAACAUCGAUUUGGCCUUGUUCCGGUUGGAUCGGGACAUUGCCUACAGUAAGUACAUUGUACCGAUUUGCCUGCCAAGGUCAGAUCGGGAAGCGCAGAUCGCUGACGACGAGCCGAUGUACGUGGCGGGCUGGGGUAAAACGGAGACCGGUGAAACCAGCAAGCGGAAACUGUUUGUGGAUGUUAGCAAUGUCGGUCUGGAGGAGUGCCGGAAGGUUCAUAAGUCACCGUUGAUCAAAUUUCACGAUGCGAUGAUCUGUGCGUUGGGUGCCGGCGGGAAAGACUCGUGUCAGGGCGAUUCCGGUGGGCCUUUGAUGGAGAUUCAGAAGACAUCCGAGGGAGCUGAGCGAUAUUUUUUGAAGGGGGUUGUGAGUGUGGGGGCCUCCUGUGGAACAUCCAAACCAGCCUUCUAUAUAGACGUAUACAGGAACAUCGAUUGGAUCAUUUCCAAUUUGGAAGCUUAGGUUUAAUCAAAUAAUUCUUAUCAAGAUUAAAAAUAGGUACCUCGGGAAUGAAUCUUUCACGUCAUAUUUAAUUUAUUGUUUUGUAUGUUUA